CGGGCCGGGGGCGGGUCUGUGGGGAGCCCAAGCCGGGCGGGCCGGAGAGUCAAAGGCAAGUGAAGGUGGAAGCGGCCGCGGCGGCAACAGACCCCAGAGCCAGGAGAAGAGAGAACCCUGACCCCUAACCACACUGCAUCCAGCCAAUAGGAGCCCAGCCACCAUGGCGGAGCUGCAGGAGGUGCAGAUCACCGAGGAGAAGCCGCUGUUGCCGGGGCAGACGCCCGAGGUGGCCAAGGAGGCUGAGUUAGCUGCCCGAAUCCUCCUGGACCAGGGACAGACUCACUCUGUGGAGACACCUUAUGGCUCUGUCACUUUUACUGUCUAUGGCACCCCCAAACCCAAACGUCCAGCGAUACUCACCUACCACGAUGUGGGACUCAACUAUAAAUCUUGCUUCCAGCCACUGUUUCAAUUCGGGGAUAUGCAGGAAAUCAUUCAGAACUUCGUGCGGGUUCAUGUGGAUGCCCCUGGAAUGGAAGAGGGGGCUCCUGUGUUCCCUUUGGGAUACCAGUACCCAUCUCUGGACCAGCUUGCGGACAUGAUCCCUUGCAUCCUGCAGUACUUAAAUUUCUCCACGGUAAUUGGAGUCGGUGCUGGAGCUGGGGCCUAUAUCCUGUCACGAUAUGCUCUUACCCACCCAGAUACGGUCGAGGGUCUUGUCCUCAUCAACAUUGAUCCCAAUGCCAAGGGUUGGAUGGAUUGGGCAGCCCACAAGCUAACAGGUCUUACCUCUUCCAUUCCGGAGAUGAUCCUUGGACAUCUUUUCAGCCAGGAGGAGCUGUCUGGAAAUUCGGAGUUGAUACAAAAGUACAGAAAUAUCAUUACACACGCACCCAACCUGGAGAACAUUGAACUGUACUGGAACAGCUACAACAACCGCCGAGACCUGAACCUUGAGCGUGGAGGUGCUGUGACCCUCAAGUGCCCUGUGAUGCUGGUGGUAGGAGAUCAAGCACCCCAUGAAGAUGCAGUGGUCAGUAGAGAAUUUUGGAGUGGGCGAGGGAGGGUUGGAGUCCUCGGGUGGUGGUCAGAGGGGUAUCUUGCCAAGAGGCAAGCUCUGUUUGGAACUGGGAGAGCGACCGCGGGGCCUAAGAGGUUGAUUCCUGGUAAGAACAAAAUGGGUAUAGGGCUGAUGGGAAAGGAACUGGGAUCUGGGUCCCUGGGUCCCUUGGAGGGGAGAGGUCGCAGGGAGUAUAACGUCAUUCAUUCAGCCUCCUGCUUACACCAGGUGGAGUGUAACUCAAAGCUGGACCCCACCCAGACCUCUUUUCUCAAGAUGGCCGACUCUGGAGGUCAGCCCCAGCUGACUCAGCCAGGCAAGCUGACCGAGGCCUUCAAGUACUUCCUGCAAGGCAUGGGCUACAUGGCCUCAUCCUGCAUGACUCGCCUGUCCCGAUCGCGCACAGCCUCCCUGACCAGUGCAGCGUCCACUGAUGGCAACCGGUCCCGCUCUCGCACCCUGUCCCAGAGCAGCGAGUCUGGGACUCUCCCUUCAGGGCCCCCGGGGCAUACCAUGGAGGUCUCCUGUUGAAUGACCUUUGUUGCCCUGGUGUAGGACCCAGCCCUCACCUCCCCCAGCACUAACCUGGGAGGUGCAUAGGGCACUGGGCCAGAGGAAGGGAAGAUGGGCAGAUCAUGUGGGGAGAUGACCUUGAUCUUUGAUUGCAACCCUAACCUUGACCUCUAACCUGUGAUUCCCCUCAGAUCCUGGGAGAGAUGUUCUAAUAUCUCUUAGGGACCCAGACCCCUAAAUUAUCCCUCUCCCUCAUUUUGGUGUUAAGGUGGAGAGGGCCUGUGUCCCCUCUCCCUAAUCUAGGUGUCCAUAGAUAAGGGAUAAGAGGUUGUUGUAGUUGCCCCAUGGUGCCUCCAUCAGACUCUCCCUACUUAUCCCAUUGCAAGGGUAGGGGACUUGGGGCUGGGACUCCAUUCACCAAAGCUGAUAAGGCUUUUCAUUAACCCUUCAGAUCUCUGAAGAAUAUGGGCCUAAAUGAAUGUGUGUCAGAGGAGGCUUGCUGAUGGGUUAGUGGUCCUCAGGAUGGGAUAGAAACAUCUGGUGUGUGAAAUGGAAGUUGGAAUGGGAAGUGGUGGGCAAUGAACAAGUACGAGGGAAGGAUUGGAGCUGGGGCAAUAGGAAGGGGCCUGGGGCCAUUGGCUGCACUAACUUUGGUAGCUAUCUAGACAGUGUGUGUCUAGAGUGGGAGGGGGAGGGAGCUAAGCUGGGGCAGGGCUGCUUGGGGCUUGGCAUAGGGGUGGGAAGGGCUAUCUUGGGGCUCUGCCCACACUGUGUUUUGUGUGGAGGGUGCCUUCCUGUGUCCCACAGCUUCUGCUGUAACAAUAAACUGUAGAGGAACUGAGCACCAGUCUUCUUUGUCUGAAUA